CUGAUGGAGAUUCAGUAUGUUCCAAUCCGGAACCCUACUCCGUACUUCGCCUGUAGCUAGUAUGACUCUAGGUCGCAGGGGUCCCUGGGUGGGUGUAGGUCAUGUCCCACCAGCUGCGAUCUGGGGGAGUUCCGCUAUUCAUCCAGGACGACCAAGCUAUAGCUGUAGUGUCAGUGGUCAAGUUAGAGUAGAAGGACUCUGAUUCAUACUUGUCCUUUAUA